AUGAAACUCACAAACCACAGCCAUCAGAACCCAACCUCCUUUCUGCUUAUGGGAAUUCCAGGUCUGGAGGCAUCCCACUUUUGGAUUGCUUUUCCCUUCUGCUCCAUGUAUGCCCUGGCAGUGCUGGGCAACAUGGUGGUGCUGCUAGUGGUACGUUCAGAGCCUAUAUUGCACCAGCCCAUGUACCUGUUCCUAUGCAUGCUGUCUACCAUUGACCUCGUCCUCUGCACCUCCACUGUACCCAAGCUUCUUGCACUUUUUUGGGCAAAGGAUGCUGAGAUCACCUUUGGAGCCUGUGCAGCCCAGAUGUUCUUUAUCCAUGGCUUCUCAGCUGUAGAAUCUGGUAUCCUACUAGCAAUGGCCUUUGACCGCUACUUAGCCAUCUGCCGGCCUCUGCACUAUGGGUCAUUGCUCUCCCUAGAGUCUGUAGGCAAGCUGGGGGCUGCAGCCGUGCUUCGUGGCUUGGGACUUAUGACCCCACUCACCUGCUUACUGGCAAGACUGAGCUACUGCAGUCGAGUGGUGGCCCACUCCUACUGUGAGCACAUGGCUGUGGUGAAGCUGGCUUGUGGGGGAACACAGCCAAACAACAUCUAUGGCAUCAUAGCUGCCACACUGGUGGUGGGCACUGACUCCAUCUGUAUUGCUGUCUCCUAUGCACUCAUCCUCCGGGCUGUGUUAGGCCUCUCCUCCAAGGAGGCAAGAGCUAAGAGCUUUGGCACUUGCGGCUCCCAGCUGGGUGUCAUCCUUGUCUUCUACACGCCAGGACUCUUCUCCUUCUACACACAGCGGUUUGGCCAGCACGUGCCCCAACACAUCCACAUCCUCCUGGCUGACCUCUACCUGGUUGUGCCACCCAUGCUCAACCCCAUCAUCUACGGCAUGAAGACCAAGCAGAUACAGGAUGGGGCCCUCCGGCUGCUGAAGUGGGGCCCUGCUCAGUCAUAAUCUUCAACCCCAACCUGAAACCUUAUCUUCUCCCCUCAACCUUUGGGCAAUGUUUGAGACUGGUGGCUCCCAACAUGAUAGGGACACAGAAACCUACAGUCAAUGGUACCUGUAUUUUGACAAGGAGCAACAGCAAAGUCAGAUGGUGGAAGAUCUGUCAGGUGCUUCUUUCUUACAAAGUAGAUAUGGUUACAAAA